AUGGACCAGGUUCCACCUGAUGGGGUUUUAAUUUCUGGUCACUCACUUUCAAUUGAUGAAUCAAGUAUGACUGGCGAGAGUAAAAUUGUCACGAUUGUUGUUGUUGCGGUUCCAGAAGGACUUCCAUUAGUUGUCACAUUAACUCCACAUAAAACAACUUUGAUGUUUGUUAUUCGUGAUAAAACAAGGACCCCCCUUGAAAACUUAGAACCUGUUUUGAGGGAAGAUAUCCAGAAGAUUUGGGAUUCUGUCCCUAAGCCAGAAGCCCACAAACAUACUCCAUUGAGUGACCUUUUUAAUGUAGAAGUUGUUGCACUUUCUAGUUUUUCAGAGAAAGAAGAACAAUCUAAGGAGCAGGCUGAUUUGGCAAAGCAGAGAGUUGAUGAGUACAUAUAUACUCAUAUGAUGCAGGAAACUGGUGGUCUGAAGUCCAUGGUUGGUGAAAGCGAAUAG